AGGAAGUGACGUCACAUGGAAGGGCUGAUCAUUCAGGCAAAGGAGUUGUCGAUUACUCAGGUGAAGACAGCGCAAGAGGAAAGAAGGCCAGCAGCCAAAAUCUGGUCAGAUGAGCCGUUAAGGGUUACUAGUUCAUCUCUCAGAAUGGAGACCAUGAGAGAUUUGGAUGAUGAGGAGGAGGAGGAGGAGGAGGAGACAUCUUCAGUGUCCAGAAAACCUCCAGGUUUGAGUAAUACACUUGGACCCUCUGACACAAAACAGAGAGCAGAGUCUCCAGUCCCCAGCUGUGUUUCUAUGAAGAGUGACCGGUCUAAAGAUGAACCUAUGCACUUCAGUAAUGAACCUCGACCCUCAGACACAAAACAGAGAGCAGAGUCUCCAGUCCCCAGCUGUCUGUCUAUGAAGAGUGACCGGUCUAAAGAUGAACCUAUGCGCUUCAGUAAUGAACCUCGACCCUCAGACACAAAACAGAGAGCAGAGUCUCCAGUCCCCAGCUGUCUGUCUAUGAAGAGUGACUGGUCUAAAGAUGAACCUAUAUACUUCAGUAAUGAACCUGGACCCUCAGACACAGAACAGAGAGCAGAGUCUCCAGUCCCCAGCUGUCUGUCUAUGAAGAGUGACCGGUCCAAAAGAGAACCUAUAUACUUCAGUAAUGAACCUCGACCCUCAGACACAAAACAGAGAGCAGAGUCUCCAGUCCCCAGCUGUCUGUCUAUGAAGAGUGACCGGUCCAAAAGAGAACCUAUAUACUUCAGUAAUGAACCUGGACCCUCUGACACAAAACGGGGAGAAGAGUCUCCAUUCUCCAGCUGUCUGUCUAUGAAGAGUGACUGGUCCAAAGAUGAACUUAGGUUCAGUAAUGAACCUGGACCCCCAGACACAAAAGGGAAGAGGAAAAGUCAUGUUCCUGUGGAGGAGCAGCUGUCCAGCUGUGCUCUGUGUCAGGACCUCCUGAAGGAUCCAGUCUCUACCAGCUGUGGACACUGGUUCUGCAGACAGUGCAUCACCUCAUACUGGGAGCAACAACCUCCAUCAGGAGACUCCUCAUGUCCCCAGUGUGGGAAAAGAUCCAGAACCAGAGCUGGACUGCAGACAGCCAGUCAGACCAGAACAGUACAAACAGAACGUGGUCUGCAGGAGGUUUUAGAGGAACAUAGGCUCAGUCUGAGGGAGAGAUGUGAACAAGUGACUGAAGGAACUAAUGAAAGUGAAACCAGCCUCAACAGGAUCUUCACUGAGCUCUACAUCACACAAGGACAGAGUAAAGAGGUUAAUACCCAACAUGAGGUGAGGCAGCUUGAGGCAGCUUACAAGACAAAUACCCUCCAUUACACUCCAAUCAAGUGCCAGGACAUCUUUAAAGCCUCACCUGACCAACAGACUCACAUCAGAGCGGUCCUGACUAACGGAGUCGCUGGAGUUGGAAAAACCUUCUCAGUGCAGAAGUUCACUCUGGACUGGGCCGAGGGUUUGGGAAACCAAGAUGUCAGUCUGGUGAUCCCGCUCUCCUUCAGGGAGCUGAACCUGAUCAAAGGUGAGCAGUACAGUCUUCUCAGACUGCUCCAUGAUUUCCAUCCAACCUUACAGGAGGUCACAGCAGAGCAGCUGGCUGUCUGCAAAGUGCUGUUCAUCUUUGACGGCCUGGAUGAAAGCAGACUUUCUCUGGACUUCAAAAACAAUGAGGUUGUGUCUGAUGUCUCUCAGCAGUCCUCAGUCGACGUGCUGCUGACUAACCUCAUCAGGGGGAAGCUGCUUCCCUCGGCUCUCAUCUGGAUAACUUCCAGACCUGCAGCGGCCAAUCAGAUCCCUCCUGAGUGUGUCGACAGGGUAACAGAAGUACGAGGCUUCACUGACGUCCAGAAGGAGGUGUACUUCAGGAGGAGAUCGAGUGAUGAAGAAUGGUCCAGCAGAAUCAUCUCUCACAUCAAGAGCUCCAGGAGCCUCCACAUCAUGUGUCAGAUCCCAGUCUUCUGCUGGAUCACUGCUGCAGUUCUGGACCGCAUGUUGACUACAGACCAGAGAGGAGAGCUGCCCAAGACCCUCACUGACAUGUACUCACACUUCCUGCUGGUCCAGACCAAGAGGAAGAAGCAGAAGUACGAAGAGGGACAUGAGACGAGUCCACAGCAGCUGACUGAGGCUGACAGGGAGCUUCUUCUGAAGCUGGGGAGGCUGGCGUUUGAACAUCUGGAGAAAGGGGACAUCAUGUUCUACCAAGAAGACCUGGAGCGCUGUGGUCUUGACGUCACCGAGGCCUUGGUGCACUCAGGAGUUUGUACAGAGAUCUUCAAAAGAGAGAGUGUGAUCUUCAAGAAAACUGUCUACUGCUUUGUUCAUCUGAGCAUUCAGGAGUUUCUGGCUGCAGUCUACAUGCUGCACUGUUACACCAACAGAGACACAGAGGUACUGAAAUACUUCCUGCAGGGAGACUAUAACAACAUGUUUAGCAGUGAUCAGGAUUACCCAUCCCUGGAUGUCUUCCUGAAGAGCGCCAUGAUGAAAUCACUCAAAAGUAAAAAUGGCCACCUGGACCUGUUUGUCCGCUUCCUCCACGGCCUCUCUCUGGAGUCCAACCAGAGACUCUUAGGAGGCCUGCUGGGUUGCACAGACAAACGUCCAGCAAUCAUCCAGAGAGCCAUCAGCAACCUGAAGGAGAUGAGAAGUGAUGAAGUCUCUCCCGAGAGGAGCCUCAACAUCUUCCACUGUCUGACAGAGAUGAACGACCACUCGGUACUUCAGGAGAUCACAGAGUUCCUGACGUCAGAGAACAGAUCAGAGAAGAGACUCUUUGUGGAACACUGCUCAGCUCUGGCCUACAGGCUGGAGAUGUCAGAGGAGGUUCUGGAUGAGUUGGAGAAGUACAAAACAUCACAGGAGGGACGACGGAGACUGAUUCCAGCUGAGAGGAACUGCAGGAAGGCUGUAAUUCCUGACAGUGGAUUCUUAGACUGGGAAGUCGUGGCCUCAGCUCUGAAGUCAGACCCCUCCAAUCUGAGAGAGCUGGAGAUGAGAGUCGGUCUGCAGGAUUCAGAGGCGGCGGAGCAGCUGAGUUCUGGACUGAAGAGUCCAAACUGUAGACUGAAGGCUCUGAGACUGAUAGGCUGCAGGUUGUCAGAGAUCAGCUGUGCUGCUCUGAUCUCAGCUCUGAAGUCCAACCCUUCCCAUCUGAGAGAUCUGGACCUGAGUUACAGCGAUCUGCAGGAUUCAGGAGUGAAGCUGCUGAGUGAUCUUCUGGAGAGUCCAGACUGCAGACUGGAGACUCUCAGACUGAGGAGCUGCAGUUUGUCAGAGAUCAGCUGUGCUGCUCUGAUCUCAGCUCUGAAGUCCAACCCUUCCCAUCUGAGAGAGCUGGACCUGAGUUACAACGAGCUGCAGGAUUCAGGAGUGAAGCUGCUGAGUGAUCUUCUGGAGAGUCCAGACUGCAGACUGGAGACUCUAGAACUGUGGUUCUGCAGUUUGUCAGAGAUCAGCUGUGCUGCUCUGAUCUCAGCUCUGAAGUCCAACCCUUCCCAUCUGAGAGAUCUGGACCUGAGUGGCAACGAUCUGCAGGAUUCAGGAGGGAAGCUGCUGAGUGAUCUUCUGGAGAGUCCAGACUGCAGACUGGAGACUCUCAAACUGAUAGGCUGCUGGUUGUCAGAGAUCAGCUGUGCUGCUCUGAUCUCAGCUCUGAAGUCCAACCCUUCCCAUCUGAGAGAUCUGAACCUGAGUUACAACGAGCUACAGGAUUCAGGAGGGAAGCUGCUGAGUGAUCUUCUGGAGAGUCCAGACUGCAGACUGGAGACUCUCAUACUGAGAGGCUGCAGUUUGUCAGAGAUCAGCUGGGCUGCUCUGGCCUCAGCUCUGAAGUCCAACCCUUCCCAUCUGAGAGAUCUGAACCUGAGAGGCAGCAAGCUGCAGGAUUCAGUCGUGAAGCUGCUGAGAGAUCUUCAGGAGAGUCCAGACUGCAGACUGGAGGCUCUCGGGUCAGUAAGGGUCGACUCUCUGCUGGUUCAGCAGGAUUGUAUUAAACACAGGGAGGUGGAUGUGUUCCUCUCACUGGGGAAUCUCUCCAGUUCCACCUUCCAGGCGUAGCCUAGCUUAGCACAACAAAUCAGUGAUGUUACCAUUUAUCUGCAGUUCCUCCUUUUGUUCAUCUCGCGGUUCUUUACUUUCAUUAUUAUCAAGCAAGAUAAUACAAGCUGACA